UUUUCUAGGCAACCGUAUCUUUAUCUCCGAUCUUUCUGCUUCUUUCUAAAUUUCAGAUACGAUGAUCGCAGAUUAAUAGUUUAUGGUUGACAAGAGAAGAGAAGAAAAAUAUGGAUUCGGCAAGAAGUUGGCUUCACAAGUUUCAACCUCGAGACAAGCCUCGUAAAAAAGAUAUGUUCUCCGGUAGCACUUACGGCGGCGGAAAAGAAACCACCGUCCCCGGCGGAGGAAAUGAAACUGAGACGGCGGCUAAACUUCCUCCACUGGGAGGAGAAGGGGAAACUAUAGAUAAUAUAAGUAUAAGGACUACUUUGUAAAUAUAAUACCCUAGUCUACGUCUCUGAUACAUGUAUAUAUACUCCUCUGUAACUUAAUAAUAUAUAACACUUUCCAUAAUCUUAUAU